AAGGAUAGCAGAUUGCUAUUGCCGAUACCAGGUACAUCAAAGAAAGCUCAGGAAAUUCUUGCAGGACUUCGCAAUGAUGAUGACGGGGUUGCUCGAUUCAUUAAAGGAGACAAGUUGAUGAAGCAAUUAGCUGAUGGAUUUGCCCUUUCACACGGUCAUGAUGCUGAUAAUUUUGCUCACAUACGCAACAAACUACGAGAACUUGGGCGCUUAUGCAUCACAUACAGAGAAAUAACUGAACAACCGAAUGCUGCUUUGACUGACCUCAUCAACCCGUCGAGGUUUAAUGAUGUAGUAAAAGCCACUAGAAAGACAGCGGGCUUUGAUGAAGAAACAAAUCUCUACCCGACUCCAUCCUUAGCCCUCAAACUGGGCCACUCACUAAAAGCAGCUGCAGAAGUGUUAUUGAGUCAAGCCCUCAGUGAUGGUCCUGUGGUAGAUGAUGCUUCAGAAAAUAAGUGUCAGCGAUUUCUCAAAUUGUACAACAUGCAGUGGUCAAGAGCAGUGUCAUCAAAUGCAUUGCGCACACUUACUGACCAUAAGCGCAAUCAUCCUCAGUACAUUCCUGUCACAAGUGAUAUUGCCAAACUGGCAAAGUGUUUGAAGCAUGACAUGAAGACUGGUGUACAGGCCCUAAGCCAAGGUGAUCCAAAACCUGAGGUGUGGAGAAGUCUAAGUGAGGCUACACUUACUUCGAUCUUAUUGUUUAAUCGCAAGAGGUCAGGAGAGGUCUCUAAACUCAAAGUCAAAGAUUUUGAGAACCGCCAGAAUGGACAGUCUUCUGUUAUUGAUGGACUCUCUGAGUGGGAAAAAGCACUUUGCAAAAGUAUGACAAGAAUGGAAAUCGUAGGAAAAAGAAGACGCACCGUACCAGUUAUCCUCACAAGAGACAUGGUAGAGAGCAUGGAGUUAUUGAUGAAGAACAGAAUGGAGGUGGGGGUUCCUGAGGACAACAAGUUCUUUUUUGCCCUACUUCACUCACAGAACCACAAAAGAGGGUCUGACACGCUGCGAGAAUAUGCAAACAGAUGCGGAGCAACAAAAUCACAACUUCUGAGGUCUACUAGGCUUAGAAAGCACAUUGGAACAGUAUCUCAGAUCAUCAAUCUUCGUGACAAUGAGCUCGAUAUCCUGGCCAACUUCCUGGGACACGAUGUCCGCGUCCACAGGCAAUUUUAUAGACUUCCCGAAGAAACAGUGCAGUUAGCCAAGGUGUCCAAAAUACUGCUCAACAUGGAUAAGGGUACCACAUCACACCUUGCUGGACGGACCCUGGAUCAACUUAGCGUAGAACACGAAGAUGUUCCAUUGGACGAUCCUCUGGAGGCUGGGUCAGAUUGUGAACCGGAACCAGCUGUACUGAAGAAGGAUUCCCUAUCCUCUGUCAAUGAAACAGAUGUUCUACAGGACGAUUCUGUCAACGUUGGGGCAGAAGCAGCCGCAAUGGAAAUAGAUCCUUCCUUUUCUUCAACCUCUGCAGAUGAAACAGAUGUCUGCAAGAUGAACAAGAAGAAGACCAAGAAGAGCAGGAUGCAGAAGAAGAAAAGAAUAUGCAUAAAAAAAGCUUGGAGCAGGGAAGAAAAACAAGCUGUAGUUUCGAAAUUCCGUGAACAUUUCCUCAAGCUUACCCUUCCUAAAAAACAAGAGAUUGAAGCAGUGCUUGAAUCUUGCUAUGCUCUACGAGAGAGGCCCUGGACCAAAAUUAAGGAUUUCAUUCGUAAUUGUCAAAAGAAACAAGAUCCACUGGAUUUUCUUUAAAUCUGAGAUUUAAUUAGAUGCAAUGUAGGAGCAAUAGCAACACCCAAGUUUAGAUGAGUUAGAUAGCAUAACAUAUAUAUUCCUUUAUAUGAUUUAUCAAUUUCUUGAGUAUUUGCAUAAUCUACAGAAAGUGUUAUAAUUUGGAAUUUUCAUACAGGGCAGAUGAAAGGUCAAAGAAGACCUUUCAUGGACAUCUUGAUAGAUAGCUUCAGGUCACAAGUAUGGUUUCAUGCAUUCAUAAUUAAUUUGAUUGUGUUAUAUUCAGACAUAAAAAAGGAUGGUUGCAUUUAAAGGAUUUGAAUGUGUUCCUGCCACUUCAGAAGAAGUGUUAAUGAUUCUGCUGAAAACAAAAGGUCAGAGAGGACAUCUACAAAUAGACCUAUCUCUGUUUAUGAGUUUGUUUCUUGCUAAACAUUGCUAAACAGGUUCAGGCCAAAAGUAUGGCUACAUGCAUUCAGAAUUGAUUUGACUGCAUCAUUACAGGGAUAGUGAUUUAACAUUUUAAGUUUUCCAUUUAUUUAUGAUUCAGCAUUUUCUUACUAAGAUGAGGAAAGGUCAAAGGAGACCCUUUAUGGAAAUACCUAUUGUUUUG